UGGUGGGAGGGCAGGGCACAGCCCCUCCGUGUCCCUUUGUCUCUCCUGUCUGAAGGCCAGAGCAGGCUGCUAGGCCUGGGGCCACCACUGCCCCUGGGUGUACACCCAGUGUGCUGGGUCACUGGGAACUUCCUGAAGUGGUGUCACCUGAGCUGGACCCCCAAGGAUGGGGUGCGGGCAGUACCGCAGGAAGAGGAGCAGCCCCUGUGAAGAUUGAGAGGUCUGAGAAGCCCCUGCGGCUUGGGAGAGUGGAGGUCGCCAGGCAGGGGGAAAGCCCCUGUGCCACCGCUUUGUGCCAGAGACUCAGGCUCCAGAGAGGCAGUGAGUGGCAUGGGGGGUGAGGCUGGGGCCCUGGGCCUGACCUCCACACACCUGCCUGGCCUCUCCUUUUGCCAUGGGAUGAGAGAGACAGUGCCGGGACUCAGAGCGGGGCUGGAGAGUGAGAUUGCCAGAAAGGGCCUGGGUGGGGCUUGGACUCAGGGGCGGGCUUUCUGGAGAGCCCCCCUACGAGGGCCUCUACGGCUUCUGCAAACCUUGGUCAGAGAAGUGGAGCUGGCUCGGGUGGAAGAGACCACCCGGCUCAGUCGGGGAUGUGGGAAUGGACGGGGUGGUGCAGGCUGGGGGGUCGAGCGCCUUCUGAAGUGACGGGGCCGGGACACGCAGGGAGGCGGCCCAAGAAGCACGCCCUAGGCCAGCCCAGAAUGCGCUCCGCCGCGACUAGGACAACGGCGGGUGGGGCUGGGGGCGGCGGCCGGGCGGGGAGCGGUCCCACGCCCUCAGCUACCCCUCAAGAGCCGUUGUUUCCCUAACUUCAGCUGCCAGAGGCUCUGUGAUUGGCUGCGGGACGACGGCCCGCGCACGGAUUGGCUGCUUCAGGCCGGGGGGCCGGGCCCGGGGGACAGAAUCCGCCCCCGAACCUUCAAAGAGGGUACCCCCCGGCAGGAGCUGGCAGACCUAGGAGGUGCGACAGACCCGCGGGGCAAACGGACUGGGGCCAAGAGCCGGGAGCGCGGGCACAAAGGCACCAGGGCCCACCCAGGGCGCCGCGCAGCACGGCCUUGGGGGUUCUGCGGGCCUUCGGGUGCGCGUCUCGCCUCUAGCCAUGGGGUCCGCAGCGCUGGAGAUCCUGGGCCUGGUGCUGUGCCUGGUGGGCUGGGGGGGUCUGAUCCUGGCGUGCGGGCUGCCCAUGUGGCAGGUGACCGCCUUCCUGGACCACAAUAUCGUGACGGCGCAGACCACCUGGAAGGGGCUGUGGAUGUCGUGCGUGGUGCAGAGCACGGGGCACAUGCAGUGCAAGGUGUACGACUCGGUGCUGGCUCUGAGCACCGAGGUGCAGGCGGCGCGGGCGCUCACUGUGAGCGCCGUGUUGCUGGCGUUCGUUGCGCUCUUCGUGACCCUGGCGGGCGCGCAGUGCACCACCUGCGUAGCCCCGGGCCCGGCCAAGGCGCGCGUGGCCCUCACGGGAGGCGUGCUCUACCUGCUUUGCGGGCUGCUGGCGCUCGUGCCACUCUGCUGGUUCGCCAACAUUGUCGUCCGCGAGUUCUACGACCCGUCUGUGCCCGUGUCGCAGAAGUACGAGCUGGGCGCAGCGCUGUACAUCGGCUGGGCGGCCACCGCGCUGCUCCUGGUAGGCGGCUGCCUCUUGUGCUGCGGUGCCUGGGUCUGCACCGGCCGUCCCGACCUCAGCUUCCCCGUGAAGUACUCAGCGCCGCGGCGGCCCACGGCCACCGGCGACUACGACAAGAAGAAUUACGUCUGAGGGCGCUGGGCACGGCGGGGCCCCUCCUGCCAGCCACGCCUGCGAGGCGUUGGAUAAGCCUGGGGGACCCCGCAUGGACCGCGGCUUCCGCCGGGUAGCGCGGCGCGCAGGCUCCGCGGAACGUCCGGCUCUGCGCGGCUCCUGCCUGCGCCCGCAGCUGGCUUUCUCCUGCCACCAGCCGGGCCCUGCCCUUAACAGACGGACUGAACAGUUUCCUUUUCUGUGCGCGGCGCUGUUUCCAUAGGCAGAGCGGGUGUCUGACUGAGGAUUUCGCUUCCCCUCCAAGACGCUGGGGGUCUUGGCUGCUGCUUUACUUCCCAGAGGCUCCUGCUGACUUCGGAGGGGCGGAUGGAGAGCCCAGGGCCCCCACCGGAGAGAUGUGUACAGCUGGUCUUUACUCCAUCGGCAGGGCCCAAGCCCAGGGACCAGUGACUUGGCCUGGACCUCCCGGUCUCACUCCAGCAUCUCCCCAGGCAAGGCUUGUGGGCACCAGAGCUUGAGAGCGGGCGGGAGUGGGAAGGCCAAGAAUCUGCUUAGUAAAUGGUUUGAACUCUC